CAGCCACUUCUCCUGGAACUGAAGACCGAACGUGUGGGACUGCAUCGCCUCCUAGCGGCCGUGCGACGAAGCGCCACAAUGAAACGCUGACAGGCUCUUUCUAUUGGCUGCAGACCCACACCUUCCUUCCAGUCCCUGCAUGCAGCCACACGCCUUUAUUCCGUCCGCUGUCAGGGAUGUUCCCUCUUCUGUUUGGCCGCAGAUAUAGUCUCUCCCCCAGGCAGAGUUCACACAGACUAGCGAAAGGACCAUGUGGGGGUCACAUGAGAGCCGAGGAUGAGCCGUAAACAACCGGGAAGAAACCCGAGGAGGAGACUGAGGCUCAAGCGGUCUACGCACGCGGGAGCCUAGUUGUGCUGCCGGUAGACGCGCACGCACACACGUGAACAUGAACGGCACGAGCCCGGCCCCGGUGCCCAUCGACGGCGAUGCGGCCGUCAGUUACGUGCUGGUUCCCUUCGUCCUCAUCACUGUUCUCGGGAUGGCGGUGGCUGCGGUGAUGUAUCUGCGAAAGAAGAGAAGGAUUGACCGGCUUCGACACCAGCUGCUGCCGGUCUACAGCUAUGACCCAUCUGAGGAGCUGAACGAGGCUGAGCAAGAGAUGCUGUGGAGGGAGGAGGACACCAAGGUGGUGCAAGGCUGGGCCAGGACAUACCAACAACGUCGUCCCCUGCUGAUGAAGGAUACUCAGGCAUGAAGAAUAUGGAGACGGAUAUGGGCCACACGCUUUCCAGGCUCUGUGAGCUUCCACCAAGCCAGCCACACCACUGGGUUCCUUGGCCUCUUCUCCCUGGACUCUGAGAUUUCGUUUGAGCCAUGGAAGAGUGGGGCUUCUACCACCCGCCUCCAGUUUGCAAACUGGUGCCUCUGUUCUGAAUAUUUAAACAUGUUUAUGUCACCUGCAGAGAAGCAAGUGGCUUGUCAUCACGCUCUGCGUUUGGGUUUCUCCCCUUCCAUUGAUGAUGUUGCUGUGGGAUUCCUGCUGAUGGUACCAGCCAGUUCAGCCCUAUCGUGCCUCAUACCUCUGUUCAUGUGGGGUCACCAUGGCAACGGGUGGCUGAGUGUUGGAGCCACGGUCAAUCCCCCCGGCGGGAGGAACAACUCCAUCGAACAGGCUGAUGGAAUGAAGCCCCCGAUGGGGGUUAAUGGCAAGGGCGUGGAGGUAGGCAUGUCCAUCAGCCUGGGCCCUGACAAAGGAGUGUGGCCUGUUUCUGUACAUGGAUGCCAAGACAGGAAGUGAAUGAGCCAGUGGCAUUGGGGCUGCAGUGUUUGGGGGAGGCAUGACUUUUGGCCCAAAUAUGUCCUGCCCCCCCUUGCUGUUUGGAGCAUGCGGGUACCCGCGGGGGGUUGGGCAGGGGUAAGGGGAAAUGCCAGUGGUUUGACUAUACCGACCAGUCAGGAAAUGUCUCCUGGAUGGUCAUCUUCAAAAACAGAGCCUGCUGAUUCAUACCAGGCAGCACGUGCCCCCCCCCCCCCCCCCCCCCCCAAUGCUCCCGCCCACGUUGCCACAAUUGUAUGUGAAAUGCAUUCCGCUUACAUUAGGACCAGUGAGACCAGCAGAACAAGGGGUGUGUGGCACAGUGCCAGGCCUGAUCAGGUUCACGGGCUAUGCCUGCCUUUUGGUUUCUGCCAGCAACCUCGCAGACCUCUUGAUGAGGAAAGACGCCGGCAGCAGCUGUGGUACAGACAUGGACAAAAAGUGAACCGCAAAAUUAAGUUGGACUUUUCACACCCUCAGGAGUCUAUCCCAGUACAUAUGGUGCUUGUGCUGACAAAAAUAUGUCUUCAUAAAGGAAAUGAAUUGUGUGUGCAGAGAAGUGACAAACUGAAAUGAAAUGUCUAUUAACAUAUACAUGCACAUAUACAUACAUCUCUCUCUCUCUCUCUCCAUCCAUCCAUUCUCUGAA